AUGGCGUGCCCCAGGACUUAUGUAUAUGUUCAGGAAGGCAGCCGCUAUAAAAGGUCUAGGAUCCAUCUCCAGAGCAUCAGUGUCCCGCCUCCACUACACUCCAGAGAUGAAGCUCCUGAUCGUAGCUGCCCUGGCCGCCGUGACCGCUGCCGACUCCCAGUACAUUUACAGCCCUCCCCAAACGUACUCGGCCCCCGCCCCUCCGUCAGAUCAGAGUUCGUGGAGGUGGUGCCCAUCGUGAGAGACGACCGCGUGCACUCCGAGGAUGGCAGGUACAGCAUGGACGUGGAGACAGCAAAUGGCAUUGCCAUGUCGGAGUCUGGGGCUCCCAGUGGUCCGACAGGCGCCGUGGUCAAGGCAGGAGAGUAUUCCUACACAGCCCCUGACGGUACUUUUGUCCAGAUGAAAUUCGUUGCCGACGAGAAUGGUUUCCAGCCCCAGUCUGACCUGCUUCCCGUGGCCCCCGCCUUCCCCCACCCCAUCCCCCAAUUUGUGCUGGAUCAGAUCGCCUUCGCCGAGGCGGAAGAUGCCGCCCGCGCCCGCGCUGAGGCCUCACAAGUGAGAUCUGCCUCCGUUCCUGCGCCUGGUCGCUCCUACGGGCCUCCGCAGUAAAUGAAUGUUUAUAUCGUUGAUGAAGAAGAUGGAUGUAAUAACAAAUCACUUAAUAUAUUGACUGUAUAGUAUUUAUUUACCAGCGACUGAGCACAAUGAAAGAAAAAGAAAAAACUUGUCUUCUUUACCUAGACACUUUAUGGAACGUUUGGUUUUCGCUGACAAGAAGUGAAACACCGAACGCUGCCACACUGCUGCGCCGCCACGCCACGCACAGCCCAGCGCGGCCUUUUAAACAAAUACAAAUAAGUUAACAAAAUCGAUGAAAAAAACAUACCCUUACUGAUGGCACACGAACCAAUCACAAGUUAAUCCUGAAUUCGUGUUCCAAUCAAGAGCCGCCUGAACACAGUGAGACAUGACACCGCUGCUCGCUGAUCCCUUCCAUAUAUAGUUCUCUCUGAUGACUUCAAACUAUUAUCUCUGAUGUAUCUUCUUAUUCUAAUCUGCUCCUCCUCUCCUCUUCCUCUA